UCUGUCCGAUAUGUAGGCUACUGUUUUUAAUAUGAGCUAUUGUAAAACUAAUUGAAAAAAAAAAAAAAAGUUUCUAAACAAGCAAAUUGAGGCCGAGUUACCGGCAGGUCAAGCGAUGCUAAUGCGUUCACAUAGCCCGAAUUCAUGACGCACAGUAAAAGUGCUCAACAAAAGUUGUUUAAUAAUAAGGAUGAUUUAGAGGUUGAGUCAGAAACAAGCCAUAUCUUAUAUAAUGUCACAUAAUAAAUAAAGUUACAUUCGCUGUUGCAGCCUGAUGGCGUCACCAUUCGCUUUAUUCUAAAUUUCAAAAGCUAUUUAUUUAAGGAAUAAUAUACUUAAUGAUUAAUGUCGUCAUUGACGAAAGGAAUUUAUCACCACCCAUCGCACUUUCCUGUCUUUCAUUAGAGUGACAGUACAAGCAAGAGCGUGCAGUGCGAACGCGGACAACACGUGCGCAUCGAGGCAUUCGGUGCCUUUUACGCACAACAUUCACGUUUUGUGUCCGCGGCGGGGACACGUUAGAGACGUGACGAGACUGUGAGGUGACCAGGUGGAGGGCGAGUGCAAUUAUUAAUGCGCCUCAGACAGAUGGUGAGGCUUUACAUGCCCCUCCGCAGGAGAUGGAUUCGAUUCCUGACAUCCAUUCUGAUGUUAAUUACAAGCUGGUCAAACUGUCAGUAAGGACUCCAGAACCUUUAAUUUAACUUUGCAAUCAGCCAACACAGACAAAGGCCAUCAUAAAUAUGAUUUGCUAAAACAUUCUAGGGGUCACUUAGGAAUGGUAGAUGAUCAGCCCAGUAGUACCCAGAAACGAGAAGCCGAGAUUAACAGACUAAAUCUGAGGGCGCAAAAGAAAUCCACCAGACGCUAAAAGAAAUGUGUACUCUUCUCUCACACAUAAACGUGAGGUAAACUGGGUGGUAAGUGGGUACAUAACACAGUCUGUUAAAUUGACAAGCCGUUUCAUAAUGUCACUAGAAUGGAGCGGGAUCACUAAUUGACCCGCAAUUUGAUCCCGAAGCGGAAAACAAACCAGCGGGUCGUGGCGCUGCUGGUUAACACGACGUUCGCUGAUUUAGGACGUGAAGUUCGAGGCAGGGUGUUGAUUUAAUGGACAAAGCAAGGACACAUUUUGCUGCCGUCGAUAGACCCGGCCCUGUUCGACAAACAGACUGUGUCCAAUUCACACACGCUUACGCGGACACGCAUGCACGCUGGGUUUAUAUUUCCAGCGCCGGGCCGUGUUUAUCCAAGAAGUGCGCAGGAUAAAUCCGACGUCUGUGCUGCUGCGGCCUCAUAUCAUUCCAACACUUUCUCUCCGGGGAGCUUGGAAUAACUGCAAAACCUUAAACAGUAGCUUGUUCUGGGGGGGCGAGGUCCAGGUCUGCAGAGAGGCUCCGCACUGGGCUCCAUAUCCGAAUAUAUGUAGCCUGCACACACAGUACACUAGUUUUUAUGUAUCAUGCAACUGAAUCCUGAGGAGAUUCUGUGCUUUCUGAUAAUAACGUUUGUUAAGCAUAAGGCUAAUAAACACUGAGCAGACCCCCGGGUGCACCCGUCUAUUGAGCACAUUGUAGCGCAUCCAUGUUUCUCGCAGAUUUGAACAGAUAUGAAGUCCCCUUUGUCCGUCUUCCAUGAAGGUGUCUCAUGAUAUUUAAAGGACCCGCUUGAGGCGCUUGUCAUAUCCUUGUGAGCGCCCUGGAGACAAUCUGGGGACAUGGCUGGAGGACUGUUAUAUUGAGAGAAAAAAAAAUGGGGUGGUGCGGUUCUUUCAGGGACGAGUCUUUUUACAUUUCAUGUCUGUGAUGGGGAGAGCGUAAUCACGGGCCCACAGGUGCUGAAGCAGGGACUGCCACUCUUCUUGUCUUGAACUCACGCUCUUCAUCACUCUGCUGUUUCAGGUCCUUGCCGUUGGAUUUCAAUCGUGGGACAAACGGAGGAGAGAGAGAAGGGGAAGUCAGGAGGGAAGUGAGACAGGGUGAGUUUGGUGCAGACAGGUGUGUAUUAGCAGGUAAACUGGGGUCCAAGGUGCGCGCUGAGCCGCCUAUGAUACCAACAACGCGGAUGGAAAGAACUUUAAUGUGGAACCCUCACAGAGUUUUGCAACGGAGGCUGAGAGUAGAGACAGACUGGCAGUUUAUAUUAUAACUUAGACGAGGCCAGAGGGACAGAACAGACAGCAGUCAGCCCACACUCUGCACGUCACUGUAGGGAUAGACAGGGAUAAGGACCCGACAGGUAGAAUUACGCAUUUAGGAACAGGCCUUACAUCAUCUGCGCACCCGGAGGAUUGUGUGUGUGCGUGUGUAGCAAGAUGUCCAGAGAGGAGCAGAGCCUAUCGGAGGUUGAGCUCAGCCCCGGGAUGUCGGACGACAGUCGCUCCCUGUCCCCGGGACAUUCCUCCGGUGCGGCCGGCGGGGGCGACUCGCCUCUCCACGGGCAGCAGCUGCCGCAGCUGGCUGGCCUUGACGACUCGGCGGCGGGCUGCUCGUCCGUCAAAUCCGACGACGAGGACGAGCGCUUCCCCGCAGGAAUCCGUGAGGCGGUGAGCCAGGUGCUCAACUGCUACGACUGGACCCUCGUGCCGAUGCCGGUGCGCGUAAACUCCGGGAGCAAGACCAAGCCGCACGUGAAGAGGCCCAUGAACGCCUUCAUGGUGUGGGCGCAGGCGGCGCGGAGGAAACUGGCCGACCAGCACCCGCACCUGCACAACGCGGAGCUCAGCAAGACCCUGGGGAAGCUCUGGAGGCUUCUUAAUGAGAGUGACAAGCGACCUUUUAUCGAGGAGGCAGAGAGGCUGAGGAAGCAGCACAAGAAAGACUAUCCCGACUACAAGUACCAGCCACGGCGUCGCAAGAACGGAAAGCCUGGUUCCGGGUCAGGAAGUGAGGCCGACGGCCAUUCGGAGGGUGAGGUCAGCCACAGCCAGUCCCACUACAAGGGCCUCCACCUGGAUGUGGUCCACAGUGGGGGGGCUCGGUCCCCUCUGGCAGAGGGGCACCACCCUAAUGCUGCAGGUCAGAGUCACAGUCCUCCCACGCCUCCCACCACUCCCAAGAAUGAGUCGCAGUCGGGUAAGGCAGGAGAUGGUAAACGGGAGGGUUCUGGGAAUGGUGGCUCCCGUGGCCCAAUGGGAGCAGAGGGAAGCUCAGGUCCUGCGGGCUCUGGGAAACCUCACAUUGACUUUGGUAAUGUGGACAUUGGUGAGAUGAGCCACGAGGUGAUGGUCAACAUGGAACCUUUUGAUGUCAAUGAGUUUGACCAGUACCUUCCCCCCAAUGGGCACCCAGGGGUUGGCCAGGGUGCUGGGGCAGUAGCCGCAGCAACUGCAUCUCCAGCCUCUCCAUACACUUAUGGCAUCUCCUCAGCUCUGGCAGCGGCCAGUGGACACUCAGCAGCCUGGCUCUCCAAGCAGCAGCAGCAGCAGCAACAUCAUGGUUCCCCUCUGGCCUCAGAUCCCUCCAAGGCCCAGAUCAAGAGCGAGGGGGGAGGUGCUGGGGGUCACUUUGCAGAGGCAGCAUCAGCUGGUUCCCAUGUCACCUACACUUCCCUCAGCCUUCCCCACUACAGUUCCGCCUUCCCCUCUUUGGCAUCCAGGGCUCAGUUUGCUGAAUAUGCUGAACACCAGGCCUCAGGGUCAUACUACGCCCACUCCAGCCAGGCCUCGGGGUUGUACUCUGCUUUCUCUUACAUGGGGCCCUCCCAGAGGCCCCUGUACACUGCCAUCUCUGACCCAGCCAACGUUCCGCAGUCACACAGCCCCACGCACUGGGAACAACCUGUCUACACUACACUGUCGCGGCCAUGACAGACAACGAGACCAGAGGGCACUGGUGCAGGUUCAGUCCCUAUGUCAGACCCAAGGAGCAGCAGCAGCAACAACAGUGUUGGUGGUAGCAGUGGUGAAAGUGGUCUGGGCUGGGGGGAUUGGGCAGGCACCGGGGGAGUCGGCUGGGGAGGCAGGAGGGGAGGAACCCCGUUCUGUUCUCAGCCAGAGGCAGAAAUGCCGUCACAGCUCAAGGAUGAGCCUGGAGCGUGGUGCUUUUGAAGCGUGGUUCAUUAUUUGGGGCACACAGUAUAGUAGCGAAAGAAUGUAAUACUUUGGUAGAGCAGAGGAGAAACACCCAACCACCACCGGUGCAGAGUUCAGGUUAGAUUUAAAGCAGCAGAACCUCCAGUGGCAGUGUUCAAUGUGGUGGCAGAUCGUGUGCCUGUCAGUUUGGUGACUCCAUUUGUAUCACAGUCUACAGCCCUCUCCCACAAGUCACAUGGGGCAAGUAGCAACAGUGACCAUGGUCCAGUUUCAGAAUUAGAAAAAGACCUUGAUCUCUAUUCUGAAGGGUGUGACUGAGAGGGAUCCAAAUUCAUAUGCAAUGGAUAUUUUUUGUACCAGAAUAAUGGAGUGCCAAAGUAUUUUUGCUGGCCCAUUCACAUCUCAGGCAGACUGACCUUUUUAUUUUGUUUUGUAUUGCUUUUGGAAAUCAACACAACAAACACUGGCAACAUUAUGUCGGUUUCUGAUGCACAUUUGUGCCUAUUUACAGGUCCAGUAUGUAGGAUUUAGGAGGAUCUAUUGGCAGAGAUAGUUAAUAGAUAAUUAUAUUUUCAUUAGUCUAUGAUCACCUGAAGCUAAGAAGUGUUUGUUGCCUUAGAAUGAGCCUUUAAUAUCCGAAAAGGAAGUGGGUCGUGUUCCGUGGAGUCUGACAUGUUGCACCGCCAUGUUUCUACUGUAUCCUAGAAUGGACAAACCUAACACUGGCCCUAGAGAGGUUGUUUCCCUUUUUUUCCCUUUGCAUAUUUAGCAGCCACUGUCGGGAAAGGUGAGGUGAGGGGUAUUCACUUGGUUUCAAUCUGCAAACUCACCACUAGAUGCCACUAAACCCUUCAUACUGGACCUUUAAUUCAAAUUGUUAUGCUGUGUUCACUUCAAAUGCCUUUUUUAAAACACAGUGAGCGCGCAUGGAAGACAAAUGCCAUAAAACAUGUUGAGGUUUUGUUGAGUGAAAUGUAUAUUUAGUCAACAAAAAAAAAAAAAUCAUGAUGACUAACUAUAAUCAGGAUAGUUUAUACUAUACUGUACUUGAAAUUGCAAUUGUAUUGAUGUGUACAGAUUUGAAAUAUUUGUGAGACAACCAAAGUUUUGUGACCAAAACUUGUAAAGAAGAAACAGAUUGUACAGAUGUUUCUCCCAAUGUGACACUCAAAACUACCUACACUUCAUUAGUUUUCUCUUAGCUUUCUCCAGUGUGACCUAUUGUAAAUUACUUCUAAACAUGUCAAUGAAGUGUCAAAAGUUACUUUUGCCUUCCUCACAAUGGCACUGAUGAGUGUGAUGAUUUUUCAUUAGUAUUCAAUGUAUUCAUGGACAACAUUAAUGGUAAAAAUAUCUAUCUGUACUUGGAUAAUCGAUUUGUAUUGACCAAAUGUGUCGUGGAAUACAAGACAAAAGCUGUUUUAACAACUUACUGUACUAAUACUGUCAAAUGCUUUUUGCCAUUAUUAUCUCCACUGACAGUUUGCACCACUGCCUUUUCUUUUCGUUAAUGCAUUCAAAUGUAUAUAGAACAGUAUUCAAUAUGAAAUGUCAGAUCCUUUGAUUGUAGUUGUGUAAAAAAAAACAAAAACAAGAGACAUGAGACAGUUUCACUGUGGAAUAAGCCAACAUUGAGAGACAUUUGCCAGAGACUGAGUGCGUAAAGCUUAGAGGAGAAAAAAUACAUUUUAACACAUUUCACACAUAUAGAAUAUGCCUUGUCCUUAAUAAUAACUGCUACUCGCGUAUCAAUAAGCAACAACUGUAUUGUAUGUUAAAUCAUGUUUGUUUUCCACUGCUUUCAUUAGUUUUUCCAUCUCUUCUGUCUUUGGUCCUUAUUGUUUCUUUACUGUGUUUCACAUUUCAUUUCUGUCCCUCAUCUCCGCAACAGCACUGUAUUUUAAGUGUGUUAUUCUUCAUCUUGGUAAGUGAAAAAAAUAUUACAAAUUUGCUUUGUUUUCAUGUGAAUCAUUUAAAAAAAUAUUCUUUAUCACUACUGGACAGAGAUCCAAACCAUAUGCAUGCAGCACAUUGAAGUUUAAAGCCCAUUUUUAUUUAACCAUUUACCUCCAGCAUAAGAGUUCCUUUUACAUCCUUGUUGCUAUGUGUGAAAUAUCUGUAAUGUUGCUAUGAAUUUUACAUUUCUUAUUUAUAUUUGCUUUAUGCUUGUGUGCGCUGUUACUGCUUUCUCACCUUAAUGAAAAAAGAAAUAAUUGACUGCCAUUUUAGUAUUUAAUUGUUUCAUCUCUUGUAUAACGGUUGCCAACACAACACAGCAACAAAACCUCUUAAUAAUAGCAAGAGCAAAAAGUCUAAACAUGUGAUGAUGACUAAUGAUCUUUUACUCUCACUUGAAAUAAAGCACUAUUAUUUCUGAUUCAAUACAA